CAGCCGCCAUCCGCGCAGUUCACGCGUCAUCCAGCCGCGGGCAAUGACAGUAGUCAACUGAAGUGGGAAUACAGCAGAAAACGCAAAAAUGACGGUGGACUUUGAAGAAUGUAUUAAAGAUUCCCCCAGAUUCAGAGCCGGUAUUGAUGAUGUGGAGACGGAUGUGGUCGAAAUUGAGGCAAAGCUUGACAAGCUGGUUAAGCUGUGCAGCGGGAUGAUCGAGGCCGGCAGAGCCUACGUCAGCGCCAACAAGCUCUUUGUGAAUGGGGUCAAAGAUCUCUCCCAACAGUGUAAGAAAGAGGAGAUGAUAUCGGAAUGCCUGGAAAAGUGUGGAGAAAGGCUGCAGGAGAUCGUCAACUACCACAUGAUUUUGUUUGACCAAGCUCAGAGAUCCAUCAAACAGCAACUCCACACCUUCAUUAAAGAAGACAUACGUAAGUUCAAGGACACCAAGAAGCAGUUUGACCGAGUGCGGGAAGACAUGGAGCUGGCGCAGGUGAAGAACGCACAGGCACCCAGGAACAAAGUGCACGAGGCGGAGGAGGCCACUCAGGCCCUCAUCCUCAGCCGCAAAGCCUUCAGACACCUGGCCCUCGACUAUGUGCUGCAGAUUAAUGUGCUUCAGGCCAAGAAGAAGUUUGAAAUCCUGGAUGCGAUGCUGUCCUUCAUGAGAGCUCAGUACACUUUGUUUCAACAAGGUUUCAACAUCUUGGAUGAGAUCGAUCCUUAUAUGAAAAAACUGGCUGCACAGUUGGACCAGCUCGUCAUCGAUUCUGCCAUGGAGAAGAGAGAGCUGGAGCACAAACACGCAAUCAUCCAGCAGAGGACUUUGAUGCAGGACUUUUCCUAUGAUGAUCCCAAGCUUGAAUUCAACGUGGACGCGCCCAACGGGGUCGUCAUGGAGGGCUACCUGUUCAAGAGGGCCAGCAAUGCUUUCAAAACAUGGAACAGGCGAUGGUUUUCCAUCCAAAGCAGCCAGCUGGUCUACCAAAAGAAACUCAAGGAUUCUUUGACCGUGGUGGUCGAGGAUCUCCGGCUGUGCUCUGUCAAACCAUGUGAGGAUAAUGAGAGAAGAUUCUGCUUUGAGGUGGUUUCACCCACCAAAAGCUGCAUGCUGCAGGCUGAGUCGGAGAAGCUGCGACAGGCUUGGAUCCAGGCGGUCCAGGCAAGCAUCGCCUCCGCUUACAAAGACAUCGCAGACAACUAUUAUAUAGAGCGCUUGGACCGGACCGCCUCGCCCUCCACCAGCAGCAUCGACUCUGCAAGCGAGCCGCGGGAGCGCGGGGAGAGGGCCGACAAGGGACUGCGGGGAGGUGGGGAGAGUCUCCUCCAGCGGGUUCAGAGCCUUCCAGGCAAUGAGCUGUGCAGCGACUGCGGCCAAGCGGCUCCGUGCUGGGCCUCCAUCAACCUGGGGGUGCUGCUGUGCAUCGAGUGCUCGGGGAUCCACAGGAGUUUGGGGGUUCAUUUCUCUAAAGUGCGUUCACUGACAUUAGACUCGUGGGAGCCCGAGUUGCUUAAGCUGAUGUGUGAGUUGGGGAACACUGUGAUCAAUCAGAUUUAUGAGGGAACCUGUGAUGCAUUAGGCUUGAAAAAGCCUGGACCUUCAAGCUCGAGGCAGGAAAAAGAGGCCUGGAUUAAAGCUAAAUACGUGGAAAAACGCUUCCUGAAGAAGCUGAGUGGCAGUGAGGCUCUGGUGGAGGGCGAGAGGAAGUCCCGCCCCUGGACAGUGAAGAAGUGCCACCGACACAACAGCUCCGUUCGGGCUCCACACAAGGCCCGCAGGAAAUACCACCGUUAUGAGCCGGGCGGAGCAGCGCCGGCAAACCUCUCAGCAGCAGCCGCAGCAAAGUUUCGACGGGACUCCCUGUUUUGUCCAGAUGAGCUGGAUUCGCUCUUCUCCUACUUUGACACUGGCUCUGGUCCUCGCAGCCCCGCAGGUCUGAGCAGCGACAGCGGCCUGGGAGGAAGCACAGACGGCAGCACAGACAUCCUGGUGUUUGGCUCGGUGGUGGACAGUGUAACAGAAGAAGACGAGGAAUCCGAAGAGUCUUCCAGUGGCGAGGUUGAGAUUGAACAGGAAAUUUCCUCAGACCCUGAAGACCCAAGAGAGCUUCACCCCGGGGCGCUGCUCCACCGCUCAGCCCGUCUCCACAACUUACCACUCAUGGCGGAAGCACUGGCACACGGAGCUGACGUGCACGCCGCCACUGAGGAGGAGGGCAAAACGCCACUCAUCCAGGCUGUGAUCGGGGGCUCUUUGAUAGCGUGCGAGUUCUUACUACAGAAUGGAGCCGACGUGAACCAGAGAGACAUGAGAGGCAGAGGACCGUUGCACCAUGCUACCUACCUGGGCCACACCGGUCAGGUGUGUCUGUUCCUGAAGAGAGGAGCGUCGCAGACGGAGGUGGAUGAACAGGGUCACGAUCCUCUCAGCAUUGCUGUUCAGGCUGCCAACGCAGACAUCGUCACCCUGUUGCGUCUGGCACGAAUGAACGAGGAGAUGCGGGAGGCGGAGCCUCUGCUGGGUCAGCCAGGUCAAUACCCCAGCAGCAGCCCCACUGAGCAGCAGUACAGAAAGUGCAUCCAGGAGUUCAUCUGCCUCACCAUAGAUGAAAGCUAGUGGUCCUCCCAGACCGGCGUCUGUGCAGAAGUUGCCACUAGACACUGAUCUAAACUGUGCUGCUUCCGUAGAUCUGGGCUUACAGGCAACUUCUCGUGAGACUGUGAGGUGCCGCCUGUCAUAGGGAGACCCCUGAUGGAACUACCAUACAGUUAUCACCACCUCCACUUCCUGCGUCCCUCCUCUGCCUCUGCUUCUUCUUACUUGGCACCACUUGUGCUUUUACACAUAAUAAUAUAACAUCUGCUUUUGGGUGUUUUUGCUAACAGGGUCAUUCUCUUAACAUAACUUGGUGUAAUCUAAUGGAAGGGGGAAACCUCUGAAUUUUGCUGCAUUAACCUUCUACACUGUAUAUCUAUCUAUCUAUCUAUCCUGACCAUCUGUGAUACUUUUACCCAUCUCUUCUCAACCACAGAUGUAAAUAUGCAUACUUAGAAGACGUAGAUGCUGUAUACUGUGGCAUGUGGUGACAUAAAGGUACGUGUUUCAUUACUAGAAAGAAAAAAUGUAACCGCCAAGCUUACAGUGGAGGUGGCGGGGGACGUUACUGUGACAAAAAAAAAAAAUACUGAGGAGCAGGUCGUCCUGCUUGGUCGGAUACUCUGUGACGUGAUGAGAGCAGACGAGUGCAUGUGUCAGAGAGUACAGAGAGAGACUUUAACCAUGGGAAAUGAUCCAUCAUGUAAAAGAAAAAAGAAACUGCACUUUCCUCAUAUACAGUGUUAUAAUUGUGUUCAUUUUCAGGUAGUUUAUUCAAUGUUCUUGUCUAGUUAUUUACUGUUUCUUAUUUUAUUUAUCAAUCCAGAGGACCAGUGCAAUGCGUUUUUGGAUGCAGUUUUAAAUGUGCAUAUAUAUAAAUGUUCAUGAUUGUCAUUUAGUACAAAUCCAUGACUUGGAACGUAGAGGAGAAGGUUUUUUUUUUUUAGUUGGCAUAAUGUUUUCUAGUGGAAAUGAAUGGAGUUUCUCUAUGGAAUGGCCUUAGAAUGCUCAGAGUACACGUUUUGGCAACCCACCGCUUUUAGCUGUUUUAAUUCAAAGGUCUACUCAAGUUACUAGAAAAAAGCACUACAAUGCAAAGAAGGUGUGUUGAGAGCUGGACUUAACCUUUUCCUUUCAUCCCUGUGGUCGCAGAUCUGAUUAAAGACCCACUCCGAUCAUCUUUAGAUGUACUUUCAAAGGAUUCUCAAUGUUUUUUAUUAUGAUUAUGCUGUUUUCAGCCAAAAUUAAAAAAAAAUUAAGUCAUUUUCUAGGACAUAGUUUCUGCAGAGCGGAAGGAAUGGACUAUGCACGUACUUUAGGUGCAUCCAAGGCUAAAUGUUGUUACUGUUUCCAGGUUUUUAAUGUUAAAGUCCCGUUAGCUGUGGAGCGCAGUGAGCUGCAGACACCGCUAUGAUCGAGAACCAGUCCUAACCUUAACCUUUUCUCAUCCAUGCGGCCAAAAAAAUAUUUAGGACUGUCUGCAUGUAUUUUGAAAAAAUUAUGUGCUAAUAGUCAUUUUAAUUUAGGCUAACGCUAACUAGAAUGCAACAAACAAAUAUCAAAUUAUUGCUGCUCUUAUGUUUAUAACCUGUUACUUGUGUUUCAAUGACUCCACAGCAGAGUGUUUUAAAUGUUUGUCAAUGUAAUUUUCAGGGCCAUGUAGAAGCAGUCCGACAGGUUAAGUGACCGUUAGCGUGCCGCUACCAUUCCAUGAAGACGAAAAUGACAAAAGAACAUGUUAAGAACAGCCUUUUCAUCGGAGUGGGUCUUUAAGGACGGGUGACAGGAUGUCGUGGACGCACUUUGAAAGCUUCCUGUAAAUACUCCAGGUGUGUUUACUGUUUCUGAAAACGCACCUUCUCAUGAAAGUCAUGUGAUUCCUACGCUGCCUCUUGCUCGUAAUGUUAAGAAAGUUCAGCAUAGUUUGCAUUCUAGCAUGAUAAAAUAUUUUUUCAGUGAUUUGAUCACUUUGUGCAGUGAAGUGAAAAAGCAUGCGGCACCACGCCCCCGUGUCCUUCCGCGCCCCUGUGCCACACUUUCACCUGCAGACCAAAUCUGACUUUCUCAUCCGAGUUUUUUCUUUAUCUCCAUCUUGUGAUUUUAUUUUCCUCUGCCAAAGACUAUUUCAAAAGGGAAAGCGACACCGUGGUAGAAAUUGUAUAACGAUUAAAGUGGGUGGCUUACGGAGACGUGGCUUUUUCUGGAUCCCAUCGACCCAAUAUUUCAGUGUACUGCAAGUAGAGCCAGUCUGGAGGGUGACGAGACGCUGCUGUGACCAAACGGGCCGUCACUCUCACGGAAGUGAUAAAUGUUGUGUUCAUUGUGUGUAUUGCCAUAGGAGUGCUUUUAUUGGUGCUGUUCCAAGCAAACAUGAUGUAGAUAGGACACGUGUAUUUUAUCUGGAUGCCGACUGCCUGACUCGCCAUUCGGGCACCGAUCCUCUGUCUGAUCUGUUCUGUUUGUCUUUUUUCUGUUGUUUCAAGAAAAGAACAAAGGAAAAAAAAGAAAAGCUGUUAAGCAGAACUGCAAUUCCAAAAUACUCUGAGGCAUUUCUGAUGUAUUCUGACCUUUGAACAGUUUGGAAUAUUUCCUCCUUGUCUUUUGAACCACUUAGAAAGAAAGAAGAAGAAAAAACAAACAGUGCAGAACAAUAAAACUGAGAAACUCUUGAUGAACUAACCU